GAAGUGACUGCCGGAAUUGGAGUAACCGCUGUAUUUUGCAACGUCUGGGUGAUCUUAUUGAGUGUAUGUAGUGAAUUAUUAUUUUUAAAUAGAAUAGGUUAUUAAUUUUAAAAAAAUCCAGGAGGAUACAUUGAAAACAAACACCCAGGAAGGCAAAAUUCUUGCGAUCUUCAAAUCCAGAAUUCCUCAUUAUGAUACUUGGUUACAAUCCAGUGUUGCAAGCACUACUAGGAACUUUACUGACUUGGGGAUUGACAGCUGCUGGCUCCGCAUUUGUAUUUAUAUUUUCCAGUAGGCAGAGACGAAUCCUGGAUGGGAGUCUAGGCUUUGCUGCUGGGGUUAUGCUGGCUGCUUCUUACUGGUCCCUUCUUGAACCUGCAAUUGAGCUAGCUGAGGAGUCUGGGAAGUUUGGAGCCUUGGCCUUCCUCCCUGUAGCUGUUGGCUUCACUCUGGGAGCAGCAUUUGUAUACUUCACUGACCUCCUGAUUCCAUGGCUGGAUAUCAAUGUGUCUCCUCAAACAUCACUGGCUUUAAAUUAUGAUUCAAGAGUGAUCAAGGAGAAAUACGAACAUCAGGCCACGGAUCGUCAGGAGUAUGAAAAUGAACUGUCCAUCCGGAUAGGUAGAACAGCUUUACAUUCAGACAAAGGUGAAAAUGGGGAACCAUAUCAAAGGAGGAAAGGUGCUGGACAUAGUCAGCCAGAUCUUCCUGCAGUGUCCCACACACUCAAAGACAACGUUCCUGUUCCAGCAAGCAGCAGUUGGAGGAGGAUCAUGUUGUUGAUUUUUGCAAUAACAAUACACAACAUUCCUGAGGGUUUGGCUGUUGGUGUUGGAUUUGGUGCUGUUGGGAAGUCGCCUUCUGCAACUUUUGAAAGUGCAAGGAAUUUAGCCAUUGGGAUUGGCAUUCAGAAUUUUCCAGAAGGGCUGGCUGUCAGCCUUCCCUUGCAUGGGGCUGGAUUUUCAACAUGGAGAGCCUUCUGGUAUGGGCAGUUAAGUGGCAUGGUGGAGCCCCUAGCUGGCAUCUUUGGUGCUUUUGCCAUAGUGCUAGCAGAGCCUCUCCUCCCAUAUGCUUUGGCUUUUGCCGCUGGAGCAAUGGUGUAUGUAGUGAUGGAUGACAUCAUCCCAGAAGCACAGAUCAGUGGCAAUGGAAAGCUGGCUUCCUGGACAGCCAUCUUAGGAUUUGUGGUUAUGAUGUCCCUGGAUGUAGGACUUGGAUAAUAAGAACUAAUGCCUUUUCUCAAACUGACCUUCAAAAUGCAUCAAAACAGGGAAUAUUGCACAGUAGAAAUUGCAACUGGACUAGUGUUUUAUAUUAUUGUGCGGAACUAAGCUAGUAUUGAUUUAAUUAUAUUGAUUUUUGAAACUUGAUCUUGGGAAGCAGGUUUUUUUGUGCAUUUGUCCUUUUGCCCCUAAUUAGUUCUGUUUCUUCAAGGCUGUUGGUUAUAAAGCGUAAUCAUGAGUUUUCAAGAGGUUUUUUUCCCCUUUAAAUUCUUCUAAUUGUUGAGGCAGGUCUCUAUAAAUGUAACUGUCCAGUGUGGUCUAUAAUUGAUGGCCUUUGCUGUAUGUAUGUGUGUUAGGGAACAGAGUGGGGCAGCCUCAGAGACCUUGAAGGCUUAUAGUCUUCUAUUGAAAUACAGUGUUCAACAACAAAGGUGUGUUGAGUUGUUUUUUUUUCAGGGAUUUGGAAAUAUUUACUUUUAUAAGUUGCUGAAAUAAAUAGUAUCCUUUUUUUAAACAAUCAAGAGCAUAGAUAGGAUUUUAGGAGAUUUAUUUGGACAGCAAGGCUGAAUUGCUUAUGUCCUCUUUACAUAUCCUGUACUAAACAGUCCUCAGCAGUAAAUCUCUGCAGGUGGAUCAAUGAAUAGUUGACAAUGUAUAGUUGUUCUGCAUUGUCAUUGCACGUAACAAAAGGCAAUAAGUGUUUUGUUUCAUUGUUUAAACCAAUAAUAAUAAUAAUAAUAGAUCUGUUCUAAACAUUUUUCCACCUUUAGGUAUAAACGCGAAAUGGUCUCGUGUUUAAAAAAAAACAUACUGAGGAAUUUCUGAUGGAUAUAAAGAUGAUAUGACUCAACAAAGGUUAAUAUAAACAAAAUCAUUUUUCCUGUGUAAGAAAAUAAUAUCCAUUCGGCCAUACAGUCAGAAUACAUCUGAAGGACUAAACAAUUUUACAGAUCCAGCAAGAGAACUUAGUAUAUGUAUGGAAUGUACUUUUGAUUCAGGACUGUUUGCUUUACAUCUCCAGUAUUUAUUCUUCCAAAUGAAACUUUGAGAAUUGUGCUUGAAAUCUCUCUUCCCAAAUGUUACAGUGGGGUUCUUGCAAAUGGAUAAAUACUGCCAAUAGUAGCCCCAUUCCUAGCCUGUAAUGUAGUGGUAAUUAGUUAGGCUUUUCUGAUAAUUCUUAGUGUUCCGGGAGAGAUGUAUAAACUUUAUUGUCAUUGUACUUAAAUACAACGAAAUUGGUUGGAUUAUAAGAUGAUCGCGUCCAGACCUAAGUGGAUUCUCUAGAGUAAAGCUUUCUAAGAGCCAUGCAACUUCCCUUAACUAGCAAGGAUUCAUGAACGAAAUUAAAUUAUAUAGAAUUGUUUCUUCAUUUUCAGGAGGGGGUUUGUUACUGCGCACAAAGACCAAUGCAGAAUGAUGUUUGUAAUUGAUUUUUUAAAAAAUAAUCUGAAUAAAA